AUGGUUAGGAAGUGCUCACAUUGUGGAAACAUAGGUCAUAAUUCGAGGACCUGCACAUCUUUAAGAGGGAAUUUUGUAGGUGUUCGUCUCUUCGGUGUUCAACUAGACUUAUCCUCCUCUUGUGUUACCAUGAAGAAAAGCUUUAGCAUGGAUUCCUUUCCCUCAUCAUCAUCAUCUCCAUCUUCAUCCUUUUCUUCUUCAAGGAUAACCAUUGAUGAGAACUCUGACAGAACCUCUAUUGGGUAUCUAUCAGAUGGUCUCAUAGUUCGAGCACAAGAGAGGAAGAAAGGAGUUCCAUGGACAGAAGAAGAGCACCGAAUAUUCCUUGUUGGACUUGAGAAGCUGGGAAAAGGUGAUUGGAGAGGUAUCUCUAGAAACUAUGUGACUACAAGAACACCAACACAAGUCGCUAGCCAUGCUCAAAAGUACUUUAUUCGACUGGCAACGAUUAAUAAGAAGAAGAGACGUUCUAGUCUCUUUGACUUGAUUGGUAGGGGAAGCACAAGCACAGAAGCUCGUCCAAUUAGCAAUUACAACUGCAAAUCAGGCGAUUCAGUUUCUACUCAUCAACAUGUUAUUAAAUCCAAAUGUGAAGUUGAGAACAAUGCCACUUUGUCACUGCUAGGGAGCCUUACCUCAUUUCAACAAGAAACCAAAUCAAAUGAGCAUAAAACUACUGAUAAUUACUGUCAAAUUCAACCAGCAGCUGCAGCACAAGAUGAAGCUAUUAUGCCCCUCUGGCUUCAUCCCCAGAUGAUGAAAUCUUCAAAUGUACCCAAUUCCUCAAAUAUUAAUGCAGUAGUGCCUGAUCUGGAACUCACUCUUGCAGUCCCCAAGGCUAAGAGUACCCUAGAACAAAAUAAAUCACCACGGGGUUCCUUCCUUCUCGGGCCAAUUAGCGUGACUUAA